UUGUUCAUUUCUCUACCAAAACCUUAUAAAAAGAUUCAUUUUGAAAAAAGAAACAUAACCACAACUCACUAUUUGCUCUUGUCUACUCCAUUUUCUUCUCUCCAUAUAGCCAUGUGUAAGCUAAUCCUUUUAACCAUUAUUCUGUCUGUUUUUUUAAGCUUUAACAUCAUUCUCUCGACGGCAGAGCUUCAGCGAUUUGAUCAUGCAGCCAAGGCUGAUGGGUCUCUUAGCCUUUUGGUUGUUGGUGACUGGGGAAGAAAAGGAGAUUAUAACCAAUCUGAAGUUGCUCUUCAGAUGGGAAUAGUUGGAGAGAAAUUGGAUAUAGAUUUUAUAAUUUCGACCGGUGAUAAUUUUUAUGAUAAUGGAUUGACCGGCAUAGAUGAUCCUGCAUUUUACGAAUCAUUCACCGGAAUCUACACUGCUCCCAGCUUGCAAAAGCAAUGGUAUAAUGUUUUGGGUAACCAUGACUAUAGGGGUGAUGUUGAGGCACAGCUGAGUCCAGUCCUAAGAGAAAUGGAUAGCAAAUGGCUUUGCUUGAGAUCUUUUAUCGUUAACAGUGAAAUAGCUGAAUUUUUCUUCAUUGACACCACUCCAUUUGUUGACAAAUACUUCGUGGAAAAAGAGCAUAAUUAUGACUGGAGAGGCCUUUUACCUGACCGACAGAGCUACCUUUCUAAUAUUCUAAAGGAUUUGGAAUUGGCCUUAAAAGAAUCCACAGCUCAGUGGAAGCUUGUGGUGGGUCACCAUACAAUCAGAAGUGCUGGACACCACGGAAGCACCCAGGAACUCAACUCACUAAUCCUUCCUAUUCUUAUGGAAAAUAAUGUGGAUCUUUAUAUAAACGGGCACGAUCAUUGCUUGGAGCAAAUAAGUAGCAAUGAAAGCCCACUACAAUUCUUGACAAGUGGAGGUGGGUCGAAGGCAUGGAGAGGUGACGUGGAUUGGUGGAAUCCAAUGGAAAUGAAGUUCUAUUACGAUGGACAAGGUUUCAUGUCUGUCCACAUCACUCAAACUCAAGUGGAUGUUGUGUUCUAUGAUGCUUUUGGCAAAGUGUUGCACAAAUGGGGCAGAACUAAACACCUUUACUCUGUUGUUUAGACAAGUUUAUUCGAUGGAAGUGGCGCAUUGGGUUCGUAGAAGCAAUUGAUAUAUUUAUAUGUCAUAAUUCUUAUAUGCUGCAAAAUGCAUGGAAUGGUAGUUUUAUUUUAUUUCUUUUAAGUACUAAUAGUGCAUGUAGUUUUGUGGUAUUAAAUGGUAGCUUUUUCUUUUUGAAAAUGUAUUCUGUAACUUAUUAAAAUUAACCAUUCUUAUUCAAUUGGGUAUUUAUACGAA